AUGGAAGAAUCAUUGGCACCCUUUUUGCAAUAUACAGAGAAGGACCUGGCCACUUGCAAUAGGUCUGACGCGCCUGCCUUUUCACUCGCCCUUCAAGGUCCGAAAAAACUGUCACGCACGGCCCCAUACCUAUUUCAUGUGACCCUACAGCGGGUGGAUGAGGUUAGCCGAUACUGUGUCUUUGCAUGGUACCCGCAGACCCAUGGCUUUGCUACCUCAAACGGAUUCAUUCUCCUUCAUCGUACCGCGCAGGGCGAGCUGCACCCAGUCAAACUCCCCGAGUACACCACACUCCCCCAACUAGAACAUUGGCACUUCUCCCCUUACCAUUGCCAUAAGCCCGGUAACGUCCAGCAAUAUUACGACGUCAUUCCCGACCGUUUUAUUCCAUACCUACAGACGGGAGAGAGAUAUGUACUCCUCUGGCCCGGUCAACAAUAUGGCUCAUGGAAUUGGACCGACAAAGUAGAAAACUCUAAAGUCGUCUUGCCAGGCGGACCCUUCUUAUCCUUCACGGUCGAGGAUGAUGAGAACAGGCCGAUCGUGCCGACGUUGAUCUCCGGAGCGCAAGAAUGCUGUCCCACUCUGAUUGCAAAAAUCGAAUGUUGCCCUCAGAGCCAGGUGGCUUUACAGGAUGACCUCGUGCUUGCGACCCUUCAUGUGACGUACGUGCCAACAAGUGGUAGCGGUGGUAGGCCAUUUACUUUCAACACGGCAGGGUUGAACGUCGGGCUCUGGGUUUGGCGGGAUCGGUGGGUCAAUCUGAAAGGGUUCGUCUGCGGUGGAGGAUGGGCCUUCGUCGAUGACCCCGAUAUGCAAGUUUCGCCAGGCCGCGACAAGGGCUUUGCCAGUCUGCGUCCAGGAGAAACGUGGUCCGAGGACUUGCGGAUUCCCUUGCUCACGGACAUGGAGAGCAACGAUGGCGGGGAGGCCCGGGUCGGGGAGGGGAUCCGGUGUCUCUUCAAGGGCCUCGAGCUCGACUGGUGGGUUUGGGGAAGUCGGGAGGACCUUUUGGAGACGACAGUCACAAUUCCAGCCACGGGAAGUUGGACGGUACGGGAGCCGGGCGAACAGCCCAACGUUUUCAUUCCUGCGGCGGCACCCGUGGAUUUGGAGAUUGUAUAG